CUAUAGUAGUUUGAGAAAUAUUACUAGUAAUAAUAACUAUAGCUAUUAGCUAUGGCUAAAGAUCAAUUACAAGUACUAAAUGCUCUUGAUGUUGCUAAAACACAAUUGUACCAUUUUACAGCAAUUGUUAUAGCAGGAAUGGGAUUUUUCACAGAUGCGUAUGACCUUUUCUGCAUUUCACUUGUGACUAAAUUGCUUGGUCGAAUUUACUAUCAUCAUGAAGGUGCACCUAAGCCAGGAAUUCUCCCUCCUGGUAUCUCAGCUGCAGUCAAUGGAGUCGCGUUUGUUGGGACACUCUCGGGCCAGCUGUUUUUCGGUUGGCUAGGUGAUAAGAUGGGAAGGAAAAGAGUUUAUGGAAUGACUCUCAUGAUCAUGGUUAUUUGCUCAAUUGCCUCAGGUCUUUCUUUUGGUAAGACCCCUAAUGGUGUGAUUGCUACAUUAUGUUUUUUUCGAUUUUGGCUUGGUUUUGGUAUUGGUGGUGAUUACCCUUUAUCAGCAACGAUCAUGUCUGAAUACGCGAAUAAGAAGACUCGUGGAGCUUUUAUAGCUGCAGUAUUCGCGAUGCAAGGAUUUGGGAUUUUGGCAGGAGGGAUUGUUGCACUUGUUGUUAGUGGUGCAUUUAAAAACGCGUACCCUGCUCCAAUUUAUUCUGUCAAUAAUGAAGGCUCAACCCCUCAAGAGGCUGAUAUUGUAUGGAGAAUAAUACUCAUGUUUGGUGCUAUACCGGCUUUGCUUACUUAUUAUUGGCGUAUGAAGAUGCCUGAGACAGCGCGUUACACAGCUUUAGUAGCUAAGAAUGCUACGAAGGCUGCUUCCGAUAUGUCUAAAGUGUUGAAUGUUGAAAUUGAAGCAGAGGAUGAUAAGAUUGAGAAGAUUGUUGAGAUACAGGGGAAUAAUUUCGGGUUGUUUAGUAAGGAGUUUCUUUAUCGUCAUGGGCUGCAUUUGCUUGGAACAACUAGUACAUGGUUUUUACUAGAUAUCGCUUUUUAUAGUCAGAAUCUAUUUCAGAAGGAUAUAUUUAGUAAAAUUGGAUGGAUACCUCAUCCAGAGACGAUGAACGCGUUGGAUGAGGUAUUCAAAAUUGCAAAGGCACAAACUCUUAUUGCUCUUUGUAGUACUGUACCUGGUUACUGGUUUACUGUUGCAUUCAUCGAUAGAAUGGGUCGAUUUGCAAUUCAAUUGAUGGGGUUUUCCUUCAUGACAGUGUUUAUGUUCGCGUUAGCCAUACCAUAUAAUCAUUGGACUAAAAAGGAAAACAGAUUUGGUUUUGUGGUCAUGUACUCACUUACAUUUUUCUUCGCGAAUUUUGGUCCAAAUGCCACAACUUUUGUUGUACCCGCGGAGAUUUUUCCAGCUAGGUUGAGAUCAACGUGCCACGGGAUAUCAGCUGCAGCUGGGAAAGCUGGUGCAAUUGUUGGUGCAUUUGGUUUUCUGUAUGCUGCUCAAUCUACUGAUCCAUCUAAAGUCGACGCGGGUUAUCCAACUGGAAUUGGUGUGAAAAAUGCACUUAUUGUGUUAGGUUGUGUGAAUUUUCUUGGAAUGUUGUUCACAUUUUUAGUGCCAGAAUCAAAAGGAAAAUCAUUGGAAGAAAUGUCAAAGGAAAAUGAAGGAGAAGAAGAAAUAACUAAGGGGGAAACUGCACAAACGAUUCCAAUUUAAUACAUAAAUGCGCCCUUUUAACAUCAUGAGAUCAAUAUAGCAAGAGUUUUGAGGCUUUUUAGUAAGCUUUAUGUUCUUGUUUUUGUAUGUUAUGAUGAAAUAAUCAUCUAUUCUUUUUUGCUUUGUGGUUUUUUUUUUCUUGUGUAAUUCUGCUAAUCUUUGAUGCAGGAGCUUCUGAUUUUCUUUAUGUUAUAAUAAAAACAU